AUGGUUAGACACCCUGACACUGCACAACCAUACCUGGUCUUUCGCUUCGCUUACGCUGGCGUCCCUCUGACUCAAGCUAAGCUGGACAACGCGUUGCAGCUCCGCAGCAUCCUGCAGCAGGUGGCGCUGUCGCUGGCCGUGGCCGAAGGCGCGCUGCAGUUCGAACACCGCGACCUGGGUCUGAACCACGUGCUCGUGGACGAGACGAGCUUCCAGCUGUACCAGUUCUGCAUGGGCGGCAAGAGCGUCUUCAUCAACAGUUGGGGCGUGCGGGCGACCAUCAUCGACUUCGCCGCCGCACGCAUCAGGAAUGCAAACACCGGCCACAUCGUGUUCUCAAACCUUAACCACGCUCACCCAUGCGAGUCCAGGCAUUCGAACGUGUACUCCAUCUACAAGGAGAUUGGAACCAUCACAAAGGGCAACUGGGCCGGCUACUACCCGAGGACGAACGUGGCCUGUCUGGCGCACCUCACGAACCAGCUGUACCAGGCGUACCAGGGCAAGUUCGCGCGCCUCGGCGACCGCAAGGAAGCCGAGGCCUGGAACGAGAUCCACACGUGGCGACUCGCGCUUCCCGAGUACCGAUCGGUGUCCGACUUCGUCUCUGCUAAGUUUUGAAAUUGAGAAGCGAGACGAGCUUCUCUUUUUUUUUUACGUUAACGGUGUCUUCUGUUUUUUUUUUUUUCCCCUGCUUUUCUUCUUUCUCUCAAAUAAAUCUUUCUUUGCCUCGGGGCCCUCCAA